UUAAAUAGUGUUUACUAGAGCUGGAACUGGAACUCUUUACAAUUGGAAUUUCUUGCACGGACAAUUUUCUUAGCGGAUAUUUGUGGACUUGUUAAAAAUAUAACCGGCGGCAAAACGGAUACUUGACACACGUAUAGCUAAAACCUGUGCCAUGAAGGAGAAAAGCAAAAAUGCGGCACGCACCAGACGUGAAAAAGAAAAUGCGGAAUUUUUCGAAUUGGCCAAAUUACUACCACUACCAAGUGCAAUUACAUCACAAUUGGAUAAAGCCUCCAUAAUACGCUUGACCACCUCAUAUUUGAAAAUGCGCCAAGUUUUUCCCGAAGGUUUAGGAGAAGCUUGGGGUUCUUCGCCUGCCAUGCAAAGAGGUUCCACUAUUAAGGAAUUGGGUUCACAUCUUUUGCAAACUUUAGAUGGUUUCAUAUUUGUAGUAGCACCUGAUGGCAAAAUUAUGUACAUCUCAGAAACCGCCUCUGUUCAUUUAGGUUUAAGCCAGGUUGAAUUAACUGGCAACUCAAUAUAUGAAUAUAUACACAAUUAUGAUCAGGAUGAAAUGAAUGCGAUAUUAUCCCUACAUCCUCAUAUGUAUCAAAAUCCGGAUGCAUUUAUAAAUUCUUUACACCUAACACAGACAAAUCCCGCCUCCGUUGGUAGUCCAAAUGGUUCCACAAAUUAUGGUGUGGCCGGUGAUCGUGGCUGUCAUACCAUUGAAAUUGAAAAACAAUUUUUCCUGCGCAUGAAAUGUGUCUUGGCCAAACGUAAUGCCGGCCUAACUUCUUCCGGUUAUAAGGUUAUUCAUUGUUCUGGUUAUUUGAAAGCCCGCAUUUAUCCCGACUAUGGUGAUGGCCAAGGUGGUUAUAUACAAAAUCUUGGCCUGGUAGCUGUUGGUCAUUCCCUGCCUACUUCAGCUAUAACCGAAAUUAAACUUCAUCAAAAUAUGUUUAUGUUUAGAGCUCAUAUGGAUUUGAAAUUAAUAUUUUUAGAUGCUAGAGUAUCACAACUAACUGGCUAUGAGCCUCAAGAACUUAUUGAGAAGACUUUAUAUCAGUAUAUACAUGUGCAAGAUGUUAUGGCCAUGCGUAUUUCACAUCAAAUACUUUUGUACAAAGGACAAGUUACCACCAAAUAUUAUCGUUUCCUAACAAAGGGUGGCGGUUGGGUUUGGGUGCAAUCCUAUGCCACAUUGGUGCACAAUAGUCGUUCGUCGCGACAAGUUUGCAUUGUUAGUGUAAAUUAUGUUUUAAGUGAACAAGAGGCCAAAGACUUAGUACUUAAUGAAAUCCAAACGGGUAUUAUUAAAACAGAACCUAUCUCAACGCCAGCACCCAUACCAACCCCGGCUCUACAUGCCAGUCAUGCAGCAGCCGUUGCCAAUGUACCGCAUCCAGUCACAGCUAUAAACAAUGGCAAUACAGUUCUGAGACACACAGCACCCGUCCUAACACCCAGCCUUCUAAGUACAAGCCCUAAAUUGGAGGCCUGUUACGAAACAACGGUGGGUCACUUGCCAGCAGCUGUGACACCAGUAUUAAGUACAAAUAGUAGCUCAAGUAGUAGUAACAACAAUGGUUACCUAAAUCAACAUCAAGCACCGCCGCCAACACCACAGCAACAACAACAUCAACCACAACAUCAUAAUAAUGAUCAUCAGCAAUUACAUCAUCACCACCACCAUCAUCACCAUCAGCCAGAGCAUAUGCAGCAACAUCAAGCAAUAAAUCAACAGCAACAUUUACUUGAUAUAAUGGAACCGCAUCAGUCACAGGGAAAUCUUAGCUAUACACAAUUAUAUCCCAUCAAUGAGUCGGUAGUUAGUUCAAGUAGUUCAUUGGGUCAUGAUCCCAUGCAUCAGUAUCCCGAUACCACCACUGGCAGCGGGUACUACAGCAAUAAUAAUUAUUAUUACGAUGGCACGGUUGAUGUAACAUCUGCCUCCCUGAUACGACCAUUUUCGGCCAAUUCGAAUAGUUGUUCUAGUAGUUCGGAGAGUGAAAGACAAUUGUCAACGGGUAAUGCCUCCAUUGUUAAUGGUACUUCGCCACAAACCACCUACAGUGAUCUCAGUCAUAGUUUUGAAUUGAAUUAUUUCUCGGAUAGUAGCUCCCACCAACAUCAUCAUCAACAGCAGCACCAACAACAACAUCAGCAACAACAACAACCACAUCACUUACAACAUAAUACAUUAACCGAGUUAGUAUCCCCUUUACAAGGGCAUCAUUUAACACAACUAGAUCAUCAAGCACCACCAUCACAACACCACACUCUUACACAAUUAGAACUGCAGCAGCAUCAGCAACACUCUAACCAAAGCCAACAUCAGCAACAGCACAUUGUAGCGAAUAGUUUUACGGAAACGUUUAAAAAUGUAAAUGGACCCCACUAUACCAGCGUUAUAGUAGAACCCCAACACUACAUAAACAAUGAAUUUGUGCAUUAACCUUUAAAGUUUUUGAGAAAUCAAAAAUUUAUUAAGAUACUUCUUCAGCCACCGCUACAAAACAACAAAAAAAUACGUUUUCUAUUACUUUCUAUUGUUGCAAUGCUAUUUGAUAUAGAAAAUAUGUACAUCAAAUUUAAAUAUGGCUGAGCCAUUUUUAUAUACAAAUAUACGAGUUCAUACAUAUACAUAUAUAAAAUCUAUUUAUCUUAUUAUAAUUUUAUAUUAAAAUUUUAUUAUACCUAACUUUAGUUUUUCAAAUUAUUAAUGGUUUAUUUAAUUUAAAUGUGUUUUGUUU